CCCACCACCUCUACAGUCGGCUCUACUCAAAAACCGUCACAAUGAAAUCGAAUUUCUCUUUCUUUGUCCUCUCUAUUUUUCUCUUCUUCCUUCCUCUCAUCUGUGCUGACGAGGAGCCCAUCGUCGGAAAAUGGAUUCCAAUAGAGGAUCUGAAUGGCUAUUACAUUAAGCUCGUAGCUGAAUAUGUGGUGUUUGAUUACCACUACAAGUCUAAAAGGAAUCUGACGCUGGAUACGAUCAUUAAGGCAGAACAAAACGUAAGAAGCAUAAAUGGGAGUGGAAUUGCAGACUAUUACCGGCUGCUUUUGGCGGUGAAAGAUGACGCACAGAGUAAGUGGUACGAGGCUACCGUAAUGGACAUCCCUGAGGAUUAUAUAAGGGAACUCAUCUCAAUUAAACGCGUUAAGUAGAGUUUUAUUUUUAUUAUUCUAAAAAACAAAUACCAAUAAAUGUAUGAUGUUGUUUCGCAUUCACUGAUCCACAAAUAAAUUCAAUUCGAUUGU